AAUCAAGAAAUUGAUUUUUCCAAACGGUACAUGAGCGCCAAAAUGGCGGAUAUAGUUUCAAAUGGUUGCCAACGUAAUUUAGAUAGUUUUGAGAACGGUAACAAAAGGAGAUUCUUUUGAGCAGAUCCAUUUGAUCGGAGAGGUGAAAAAUGGCCAAGUCUGGAGAGAAAAAGGGAAAGAGCGCCAUCAAUGAGGUGGUAACUCGUGAAUACACUGUGAACCUGCACAAACGUUUACACGGUGUUGGAUUUAAGAAACGUGCACCACGUGCAAUUAAAGAAAUUCGCAAGUUUGCUGAAAAACAAAUGGGAACUCCAGAUGUCAGGGUUGACACCCGUUUGAAUAAGCAACUUUGGUCUAAAGGAAUUAGGAAUGUUCCUUUCCGCGUCCGCGUCCGCUUGAGCAGAAGAAGGAACGAUGAUGAAGAUUCGGCAAACAAAUUGUACACACUUGUCACAUACAUCCCUGUUGCGACCUUUAAGGGACUUCAGACAGAAAAUGUUGAUGCUGGUCAAGAUUAAUUUAUUAUCUCAAUAAAUAAUUUUGGCUAUUAA